UAAAAUGGAGAUUAAACAUAAACAUAAACAAAACAUGCGCAUGCGACCUACCCUAUAUACAGAAUACAUAAUACCAUACGAAAGGGCUUAUCUCAAAGGGCUUAACAUUACAACCACAUCCCUGAAAUUCUAAUUCAUACCAUAGCAGUUCUCGAAAAACUUUUUCGUGUGUACAGUUGGGGCUACCUCAAAAAGAUAUUGGAUUGAUAUCCAAUCAAAUCGCUGAAAAUGUUUGACAAGCCUUAGCACGGACCAAUAGAAUUCCUGUAAGUAUGCUGGAUAGGGGUGGGACAAAAGAUAUCCUAUGUCAUCAAGUCAAGGCGCUUUGUUGUUCUUUCGAGACAAGAAAGGCGGAGAAAAUUAUUGUUAGUGGAUUGUAAACAGAUAGGCUGAGUAGGGAAAGUAUUUCUUUUGGUUCAUUAUAUUCAAAUGCCAGGCCUUUGUGGAACCAUACCGAUGUCGUCUGGCGAAAAGUGGUGUAUUUGUUGGACCAAAUCACCUCAGCAUUAACGUUAGCAACUCCGUGAGGGUGUCCAGAUUGGAGCGGAAGGAAUUCCAGGCAUUGGGAAGACGGGGACAAAUCUGUGCUGGGAUGCCUCACGCAAAUUGGAAAAUACCUGCCUGGAAUCAUGGCACUUUAAACCUGAAGUACGUGUUCGUUUGACUGAAAUCAAAUUGCAGAAACGAUUUGAUGGUGAUUUUUGUCACUGUGAACUUGCCAGUUUAGCGAGUUAGCCACGUAGCUACGUAGCCUCCAGUAGGAAGUCUUUUAAAAUGGCGGAAGGUUGGCCCAUUCCUUCGGCCCUUGUCUUCAUGCUGUUGAGUUUGAGUGCCUGGGCUCUUGGAUCUUGUCCUGCUCCCUGCUCGUGCUCCAAAGGACAAGAUGAAGUCCACAUUCUGGACUGUAACAGGAAAAGGCUGUCGACCGCUCCAAUGGACUUACCAGAUGGGAUAACUCAAGUCACCAUGAAUCACAAUGAGCUGACUGCAAUUCCUUUUCUUGGAGAUGUUUCCUCAAAUAUCACCUCGCUGUCAUUAGUCCACAAUCGGGUCUCAGAACUGUUGAUGCAUCAGCUGCAGCCAUACGUUUCCUUGGAAACCCUGGACCUGACAUCCAACUCCAUCUCGGAGCUCAGAGUUGGAUCCUUCCCCUUCAUGCAGCUGAAAUAUCUGAAUUUGAGUAAUAAUAAGAUCAGCGUCCUCGAGCCCGGCUGCUUUGAAAACAUCUCCAGCUCCCUGCUGGUCCUGAAGCUGAACAGGAACAGAUUAGCUGUGCUGCCAUCCAAAGUCUUCAAACUUCCACAGCUUCAAUUCCUUGAAAUGAAGCGUAACAAGAUCAGGAUAGUUGACAGCCUGACAUUCAAAGGGAUGGACUCACUGAGGUCACUGAAGAUGCAGAGGAACGGCAUCUCUAAGCUCAUGGAUGGAGCUUUUUUUGGACUUAACAACAUUGAAGAACUAGAACUGGAGCACAAUAACCUAACGGAGGUCAGCAAAGGUUGGCUGUAUGGCCUGCGCAUGCUGCGUGUCCUGCGAGUCAGCCAGAACGCUGUCGGCAUCAUCCGACCAGAUGCCUGGGAGUUUUGCCAAAAGCUGGAGGAACUAGACUUGUCCUUCAAUCAUUUGACGAGACUGGAGGAGACCGCUUUCGUAGGAUUAGGUCUCCUGGAAAGUCUGAACCUGGGAGAAAACUCUAUCAGCCAUUUGGGAGAAGGAGUGUUCAGUGGCCUGGCAAGCCUGCGCACCUUAGAUAUCCGCAAUAAUGAAAUCUCCUGGGCCAUUGAAGACUCCAUUGGUGUUUUUGAUGGAAUGAAGAAGCUGAACACACUCAUCCUACAGAGGAACAAAAUCAAAUCAAUCACUAAGAAAGCGUUUGAGGGCCUGGAGGAGCUGGAGCACCUGGACCUCAGCAAGAAUGGCAUCAUGUCGAUACACCCUGAGGCGUUGUCCCAUACGAAGCUGAAAGUAUUUGUCCUGAACACGAGCAGCCUGCUGUGUGACUGCCACAUGCAGUGGCUGGGGCCUUGGCUGACUGACAGCCAGUUCCAGCAGUCUGUCUCCGCCAUCUGUGCACAUCCUGCCAGCCUUCUUGGUCGUAACGUCCUGUCCAUCAGCCCAGAAGAAUUUGUUUGUGAUGAUUUCCCCAAGCCCCAUAUCACAACUCACCCGGAGACGUCUGUAGCAUUGCGGGGAAACAACGUGACUCUGAGCUGCGUUGCAUCCAGCAGCAGUGACUCUCCAAUGACCACUGCUUGGCGGAAGGAUGGGGAGGUGCUGUAUGAUGCAGAAGUGCAAAACUUCGCCCGCUACCAGGAGGGAGAGCUGAUGUACACCACUGUGCUUCACCUCAUCAACGUCAACUUUACUGAUGAAGGGCGCUAUCAGUGUGUGGUCUCCAAUCACUUUGGAUCCAACUAUUCUGAUAGGGCCAAGCUUACUGUCAACGAGCUGCCAUCCUUUCUUAAGACCCCCAUGGAUCUGACUAUCCGUACUGGGACUAUGGCCAGGCUGGAGUGUGCUGCUGAAGGCCAUCCGUCACCCCAAAUUGCAUGGCAGAAGGAUGGAGGCACUGACUUCCCUGCGGCCCGAGAGCGCAGGAUGCACGUGAUGCCAGAUGAUGACAUCUUUUUCAUUGCUAACGUGAAGACAGAAGACAUGGGAGUGUACAGCUGCACGGCUCAAAAUGCAGCUGGCAGUCUGUCUGCAAAUGCUACUCUCACUGUCCUGGAAACUCCAUCCUUCAUGCGGCCGCUGGAAGACCGAACGGUGGCCCGUGGUGAAACCGCCGUGCUUCAGUGUAUAGCUGGAGGCAGCCCAGCCCCUCGUCUCAACUGGACCAAAGAUGACGGGCCCCUGGUAUUCACCGAACGCCACUUCUUUGCCGCAGCCAACCAGCUCCUUAUCAUAGUUGAUGCUGGUCCAGCUGAUGCUGGAAAAUAUACCUGCAUCAUGUCCAAUACUCUGGGAACAGAACGCGGUCACAUCUACCUGAGCGUCUCACCGUCACCAAACUGUGACACCGGCACGGGAUACGACCAGGACGGCUGGACCACCGUGGGCAUCGUGGUGAUUGUGGUGGUGUGUUGUGUGGUUGGAACUUCCCUGGUCUGGGUCAUUGUCAUCUAUCACAUGCGCAGGAAGAACGAGGACUACAGCAUCACCAACACAGAUGAGAUGAAUUUGCCAGCAGACAUCCCCAGCUACUUGUCCUCUCAGGGUACUUUGUCAGAGCCACAGGAAGGCUACAGUAACUCUGAGGCUGGCAGUCACCAGCAGCUUAUGCCUCCUCUCUCUAAUGGAUAUGUCCACAAGGGUACAGACGGUGUGUGUUAUGGAGACACAGGCAGUGAGGUGGAAACAGAGGGGAAUGGCAUGCUGCACUGCCGGGUUGGCUCUCUGUUUACUGGCCGCAGCAGCUUCCACCCUGGAGAGCCCCACGAAGGACUAGCUGGACUUCCUGCAGGUGGUGCAGGUCCACUAGUCAUCUGCUCUGACUGCUACGACAACGCCAACAUCUACUCUCGCACACGGGAGUACUGCCCUUACGCCUAUCUGGGGGAGGACGAUCCGCUGGACAAGACUUUACCGGGCCUGAAGGAGAGCUUCAGUGAGCAUGCCCAGCCCAAGGACCCGACACUGGAGAGCCUCCUUAGCAACCAGGACUCUUCUGUCUUUCUCACAUCACACGAUAAAAGGUUGAGCAGUCACACUCCCCCGGAACAUUAUGCUAAUGAUUCUCUGAGCAAGUCCUUCUGGGGAGAAGGGGAGGAUCCGUCCUCGAAACCCCGACCAGGUGUGUCCCAGCACCCAGUGACUAUACACAGGACAUCUCCUCUGACUUCCUCUGCUGAUGGGGCAGAGGUGGACUGUUUUCCCAGCCAAAGCACACAGGACCACAGAAGUGCCUCUAAUAGGACUAACCCUCAAGAGCAUCCUGCUCCCACAUAGGUCCUUACACUCUGCCCACGUUCUGCCUCUGAUUCCUCAUUGCUGCACCCCCCUCCUCCCCUCUGCCUGUUCACCCACUACCUCCAAAGAGACUCCUCACAUUCUGCCAAAGAUGCUCUCUUGUAUGUUUACAUUCCCCUUUCACUCAAGAGGACAUGCUAACAUUCUCUACUGUGGAAAGACUGCUGUGUCAGACUGGAGAGACGGACCUAGUGAUUAGAGUCACUCACAGGACCCCUUUCACCCACAUUGUACACUAUUGUUCAUUUCUCUUUUCUAGAGAAAGCUAUGAAUGUAUGCUUCAAAGAGCCAUGUCGGACGCUGCCGUGAGAGAAAGCCGAGACAUGGUCGAAUCUUUACAAGCUCUCCUUGCUGCAGUGGGGCUACAAUUUUGUAUCAGUGCAUGGCACACUGGCAGUUUUCUUGCAUCAUUCCUGGUACAGACACCUGCUGGAGCAGCCAACAUGACUUUGGUAGAAAUUACAAACCACCUAUUCCCAAGUGGGAAAAGGAGGGGGGAGUUUAAACAGGGAACAGUUGUCGUUCCCUGACCAGCAGUUUGUGGUUGCUAAAAUAGGAAAAAACAUUGAAACAUAGCUCCCACAUUCCCUCAGCCAUCCUGACUGGCUCAAAGCUAUCUGAUAUCCUCUUAUGCAAAUGAGACAGUGACACCAAAAUGUGGUGUAUAUUAUGAAUAUCUAUGAAUAUAACGUAUAUCAUCUUUAUCAGAUCUCGGUUUUGUCCUGUGUCAAAUGCAAUUGUUAAUUCCUUCAAUUUAUGUCUUUGUAAUGAUGAGCAGCGUUGGGAGAAAGCGUAGUGUUUUGUUUUUGUUUGGUUUUUUUUGCACAUGUGACAAUCAUGGUUUAGCUGGCUAUUUUCUAAUGGUUGUCUAUUGGAUGGCCUUUUUUAACAAGCAUUCUCAGUAACCUCAAUCAGGUGACAUUAUGGUUUAUAUGUACAGUAUGCACUGACUUGUUUUCCCUUUUAGCAUAUCCAACAGGCACUUCAUUUAUUGGUGGUAAACUUUAUUAUGCCGUGCGCAUGCUAUUUUAAGUUUUGAGAACUUAUCAUUUUAUCUCAAAACGUUCACGAUCCUUCCAUAGAUAUUAAUUAAGCCGAGGUUUUCACUUGGGACUGUGAAAAAUGAGAAUGUAUUGUAUUAUUUUAUACAUGUAUGUGUACAUAAGGAUAGUUAUCUAUGAAAUUCCACAUCCUACUAGUGUAUUUACAGAGAUGAUUGAGACAUAAGCUGCAGUAAUUUUAAGAUCAUUCCUUUUAAGCCUUUAUUGUCCCAGUGUUAUACUGAAGAGUUUACCUGUCGGUUCAGGUAACAAGAUGAACGCAUUUUCUGGAGAAAUGGCUGUUGUUUUCCUCAUAAACUUAAAGGCCGCAGUCAAACAGCUGACACCCUCAGCAGACUGUACAGUUUCCAAAUGUCAGCUAUGAAAUUGCUCGGCGGUUUUGAAAAUGAAAAUUCCUCUCAUGGGGAAAGAAUGUGCUCUUGUUUCAUCAGGUUAGUUAUCUUUAAAAAAAAAAAAAAAAAAAAUUCCUCUUGAUUGUUGCACUUCGGGGUUGCUCAGAUGUGAUUGACUUUGGCUUUGUUUGCGACUCUCAGAAAGCUCAUUUGCUCAACAUAUUUAGCAAAUUACACUCAGUUGCGUGUUUAUUUGGCACACCUAAAAGCAAUGCAGUCUAAUGCAGCAGUUGUGCAAUAGAUCCGACCUACAUGAAAGUCAAAAGAUUUAGUCUUCUGUUGCAACUCUUUGGGAGAGGCGUUGAUUCAACUGUGUGGUCAUUUUAGAGGAUGUAGUUUGUGUAGUGCUUGAUAGCAUUGCAUUGAGCAGCAUUGCAUCAUGCUGACAGGUGUUUCCAAACACCUCUCUGCUUUAGACUGCAUCAGUGUCAGCUUGAUAUGCGUAAUAAACUGACAACUGAGUGCAUAUAUACUCAUUCUUCCUGGAUAUGUCAUCCACAUCAUGACAUAUUUUUGAGUACUUUUGUUGUUGUCAGUUCCGCUACAUUUAUUAUUGUCCAACAAAGGGUUCGUCUGAUUCCUUUUCUCCCCCUGUUGUAGUGGUACGCCGAGUGUUUGAGGGUAGUGAGUUCAGACCCUUAAACAAAAAAAAAAAAAAAAAAAAAAAAUCAAUAAUGCUGACAAGUUACUCUACAGUGAAAGUGUGUGAUGGUGUAGCUUGAUGCUAUAUUUCGAUGUAAUGUCAUAAAUCUUCAAAUGUCAAGCAGCAAAUGAUAGUCGCUCCAUUGGUUCUAACCUGUUUUCAUGUUGUGUUCAUCAUGCUUGCCUUUGAUUGCCAGAUCAGCACUUUUCAAGCCUUUCCCUGUAACAUUUGUCAGUACCUUUUUAAAGUUAACGACCAAGCCGAGACAAAAACUUACGUGGCUUUCUUCUGUGUUGUGACACACUCAUUGCUUUGGGGGAAGUAAAUUUUUGUUGUUUCAUGACGUGUUCCGACUUUCGUGCCACUUUUUUGAGCAGUUGAGAAAUUUAAAUGAUAAUGUGCAGUGAUAACUCACUGCAACAGAGCUACAUGCUGGGGGUCAAACAUCAAUUCACUGUUCAAUAUUUUCUGCCAACACAGUGUAACAUAAUGUGCAUUUGUAUUUAAUUGUCUGAAUAUCCUUUCAGACUAUAUACCAAAGUUUAGCAGUAACUGAGCUGGCAAUAUCAAAUGCUGCUUUUUUUUUAUUGUUGAAGUUUUGCAUUUUGUGUUUAAUAGUAUUUUUGGACCUUGUUUGCCUGUACAUUCUGUAAAGCAUGUCGACAAGAGCAUUUUUGUUACAUAGCCAUUACUCUAACAUUAAACAUUAAUUCUGAUAA